AUGAGAUACAAUAAAAAUAUUCAUCCAUUCGUAGAUAGGAUUAGUCUUCGUCUUCAAUUUAUAUCAUGGAAUCUUUUGUAUGCUGUAAUUGGUAACGAGCAUCUCUUACAAUUAUUUAUUAUAACAUCAUUAUUUAAAUACUACACUAUGUCACUACUACGACAGUUUAAUGGUGUUUCCAACAUCUGUGCACUUUCACAACUCUACCUUUAUAAUAUCUUUUAUCAAAUGUGGUGCAAGUUGAAAUGUUUAGCUCUCGAAGAUUGA